GAAACAGUUCAAAAAAUUCAGCCAACGAAAGCGGUUGUGCCGCGGAAAAUUCGUGAAUUUCCAAGAAGGAAAACAUCAGAAAACAAAACUCAUUUUGCUUUCCAUUUAAAUUUUAUAUGUAAAGUUUAUUCGCUUUCGGACAGCUUGGAUGUUACUGGAUGUGUGUAGAGGUGUGUUUUAUGCUGAGCCUGUAAUACUGUUCGCCGAAUAAAUAACAUCCUGGUUGUGUUGACAAAUAAAAUUAAAUAAAUCCAUAAAGCAUAAUAAUAGUACAACGGUCUGCAAUUCAUCUGUCGGCAAUUUUUGCAUUAUUCCUUCUCCCGGUUUCCCUUUUCUUGCCGGCGAAAACAAACGGUAAAGCGGGCGACGACAAAAACAAAAGCAACGAAGCAAAGCAAGAUGUGAAGAAUUGCCGAACAUGGCGCCGCGUGUGUAGAAGAGAGCAAGAGAAAAGAAGCAAAGAAGAUAAACAAUAGACAAUUUUUGAUACUUAACGUUCUACAAAAACAACCACAAUAAUAAACUCAGCUCAGGAAAACCACAAAAAUAGACUGCAAAACGUAAAAAACGCGAGACAACAAAUCGCAAAUUCUUUUUUGGAAAUAUUUUUUAUACACACGGCUAAGAGGUGUAUGAUAAAAAAAUAAUAAUAAGCAAUAUAAAAAAUCAAGCAAUUUAAAAUACAAUCAACGACAUACAAAAAAGUAAAAUUUACAAUUCCGACAACAACAAAAAAUCUCGACCACGCAAAAUUUUUAAGCAUUUAUACAAGAAAUUUCCGACAAUUGUUCAGAAAAUCUACAACUAAAAACAAUCUAACAGAAAGUAAUGGAAAAUUUGGCCCGAUAAAUCUUACAAAAAUAAAUAACUAAAAAUAACGAGCAUUUCCAACGCAAAAUCAACAAAUAACUGAAACUUCGCGAAAAAUACAAGAAACCAACGAAAAUAAACCUCCAAAUUUCAAGCUCCAUACAAAAAUAAAUUCACUAUAAAUAAAACACUGGAAACAUUCAAUAAAUAAAUAUAAAAAUCUGCAAGCAUUUAUAGAACGCCGACAACAACAAAUCAAAUCGGAAAUUUCCAAGCAAUAUUUUGAGAUAUAAAUUCCCAAUAGCAAAAUGCUGAUCCGCAAAAGAAAUUGAGCUUUUAUUCUCUUGAGAAAAGUACGAUUUUUGCUAAAAAAACAAAAACAAAAAUAAAAUUAAAAAACCUGCGUGCAUCUUGAUAUUUUGAGGAAAACCAAGGGAAUUUAUGGCGCCGCGUCGCAACAGUAAUAUUAGCAGCAGUGGCAAUAGCAACACGCAGCAGCACACGCAGCACCAGCAUACGCAGCAGCAUCAGCAGCAGCAGCAACUGCUGCAGUUUUACUCAGAGAACUCCACUUCCGGUUCCGUUCUAAUGGCGCCCAUGCAGGGCUCUGGAAACGGAGGAGGCGGCGUCGUACGGUGCUGUCUGCCCAGCGGCGACUGCCGCAAGCUGGACUCACUGAUUGCCCUCAACGAGAUCUCAUUGGCGGACUGCAUCCGAGUUCUGUGCAACAACGAGAACUGUUCGGCCGGGCAGUAUAUGCAUCGCGAGUGCUUCGAACUCUGGGAGGCGGGAGUCCUGCAGACUCUAAAGUCCAAUGGCAGGGCCAGAUCCUGGUCGGAAAGGCAGCGGUUGCAGCAUCUGUGGACCAAGAAGGGCUACGAACUGGUCCACAAGGCCUGCAGCUGCAAGUGUGGACGGGGACAGCUGCGCAAGGACCUCGACUGGGUGGCUCCCUCGGCUGCAAAUAAUUCCCUGAUCUACCUAAACGGUGGUACUAACAGGGGCUCCAUCAAUGGCAACCUCAGCGAGGACGAUGACAAGAAGAAGGCCAAGAAAAAGCGAAAUCGUAACAACAACAACAACGGCGGAGCUGGAGGCGGCGGCGGAGGAGCAGGAGCUGGAGGUAGUAACACCAAGACGCCACUGAGUCAGAAUAACGGCAACAGUUAUGGCGGCAUUACUCCCAAUCCCAAUGUGGGAGUUAUAGGCUCUGGAUUGCCGCAUAAUAGUGGCAAUAAUGGCAGUGCCACCAACAACAACUCCAACUCUUCGGAUCUACUCCAGCCCAGCGUAGUGGCCACUCUGAGCAACAUCCUCAAUCCGAAUAAUGUCCUCGGCUUGGAUUUACGAGCUCGUGCCGGCAGUCUAUCCUCUAGUGGCGCCGGAAGUGGCUCCACGUCGCCCUCGGCCUCGCAGUCCAGCGGCGAGAUAUCCGUUUCCCCGGUGCAACAGCUUCUACAGCAGCAGCAGCAGCAACAGUCUCUGCUCAUGCAAAACGGACUGGGUCUAUCCAAGAACCUACUGAUCGCUCCCCAGCAGCCACAGCAGCAGCAGCAACAGUUCCCCAUAAGGGCUUUGGCCAACAUCAGCAACUUCAAGCCAUUGGCCAGUUACGAGCAGCAGCAACUUGUGCAGCAGCAGAAAAACAAGGAGGUUGAACUGUAUUCAGAGAGAGUGCGCUCCACAUCUGGCUGCAAUGGGAUCUUUUCACGUCGCCUGGACUUUACGUCGUUCAAUUUGCUGCCAAAGACUCGUUUGAAUUCUUAUCAAGUCAAGAUCGAGGACGAGGGCAACCAUGGCAAUGAUGAGACCCGGCUCUUUAUACUCUCCUCCCUGGCCCAAUCCCAGAUGAGCCGCGUGGCCUGCAUUCUGUGCGAGGAGCCGCUGUUGGUGUUCGAUCGUUAUCCCCUGGUCGAUGGCUCCUUUUUCCUCAGUCCCAAGCAGCAUUCCAGCGGCUGCAUUGAGGUGAAAUACGAGGGACGCACUCUCUACUUGACCUGUGUUUGCAUGAGCUGCCUGGAUGGAACCUCUAGCAAUCGCAUCAUCAAUUGCAGAUUCUGCAAGGAGCCUUGGGAUGGCUCCAGUUUGGUCUUGGGCACCAUGUAUGCUUAUGAUAUCUUUGCGGCCAUGCCCUGUUGCGCCGAGCGGUUCAAGUGCAAUAACUGCUUCAAGAUGCUUAUGCAUCCGCAGCAGCGUCUUAGCUUCUACAGUGACUACUCGCAUGGUGUGACCUGUCCGUAUUGCAACACCCAGGACACGCACUUUGUGAAGCCUCUGAGCUUCUGCUAUGCCAAGAACCCCGUGCCGAUUCCAUCGACGCGGUUGCCAACGCUCGCAUAACAUGAGGCCCCGUUGGAGUCGCCAGUGGGUACAGCAACAGGCGCCACAGCCAUUCAGGCGCCAAGUGCCCAGGGCGCUUCAACGGCCUCCGGAUCCGGAACAGCAUCGAGCGGAUCCAGCUCCAAGCAGUCCAAGCAGCAGUUGUACAAUGCAGCCAUUGAUUAUUCGGCGCCGCUGCAGCAGCAAAUAAAUCCGGACUUGAUAGGAGCACAUCCACAUGCCCAGCAACAUCAGCAGCAAGGGCGACAGCAGCAGCAGCAACAGCAGCAGCAGCAGCCAGCACAGCAGCAACAUCAGACUCAGCAGCAACAUCAGCCACAACAGCAGCAUCAAUCACAGCAGCAGCCACAUCAGCCUGUGGCCGCCACUUUCCAGCGAAAUAACUACCAACAGCAGGCCAAUAAAACCAUAAACAUGAUGGCCAUGGCAGAUGCGAUGAGCAAGUAUCAACAGCAACAGCAACAGCAACAGCAGCAGCAGCAAAGACAACUUGCAACACAGAAAGUACCUGGACCAGGGCCAGGACUCGAGAGCCUUCUACUGACCAACACAACAGCAAAUAGCAUCAGCAGCAGCAGCAGUAUUAGUAACUUAAUCAUUAGCCAUAAUUCAGCAGCAGCCAGCAAUCUUGGCGGCAACAACAACAACAACAAGAUGCAGUCCAAUUGGGGACAAAGCGAUGCCAUUUCGGCCCUGUGGGGCUGCUCCAGCAGCAGCAGUGGCUGCUCUUCUGGAAGCGGAUCACAGCCCUCGCUCAGUCCCACCGUAAGCAAUCAUGGCAACGACACCUCCAAGAUGAUGUUGUGGAAUAGCCAAGGAGCAGCGGCUACACUCAGGGAUCAACAACAACAGCAGCAGCAGCAUAAUCAACAGCAACAGCAGCCACAUCAUCAACAGUCGCAUCAGCCGCAUGCCGCCUCGCCGACAGCCUCGCUGACCAGUUCCAGUUCCUCCUCCAAUGGAUGGAGCGGUGCCUCGCAUUAUGGCAAACCGAAUAUCUGGGAGCUGCCGGGUCAGCAGGCAGCCGUGGCCAGAACCAAUCUAAACAGUCACGACAUCUUCACCGAUCUCCUGUGCAACCUGAAUAUCAAUCAGGAUCAGCAGGCCAAAACCGAUACCUCUGAUGUCAGCUCGAAUUCCUCCUCCUCGGCGGGUGAGCUACUCGAGGCGGCCAAUAUCUGGGGACGACCGCUGUAUGGCAAUCAGCUGUUCCAGGAGGCGGAAGUGGCCAAUGGCGGGGGCGCCGCUUGUAUGCAGCUGUUCAACGAUUAUCUCAACAUGAACUAGGAUCGCAAUUUGUUAUUUUUAGCUAAAAUUUAACAACAACAAGAAGAGCCCCGAGAGCAGGAAAGAAGUGUUUAGUUUUUAAAAUCAUUUGAUUUUUUAUGUACAAGCCACACACACCCACAAAACACACACACAUCAACAACAACAACAGUAACACCGAGAGAAAACAAUGCAAAACUAAAAACAAAUUUCUUGUUAUUUUUUUGUUGAGUUUUUUUUUUAUUUAGAAUUUUUUUUUAUUUACACUCACCCAACUACACCUAUCUACCCCAAAAAAAAAGGAAAGCAAAACAAAAGCAAUGAUUUUUUUUAUUCCUUAAAUCAAAUUUUUUUAUACAUUUUACCAAAAAAAAAACAAGAAAAACCAAGCGAAAUGUAAAAGCAAAAAAAAAAAGUAGAAGGUAGUAAGGACGAAAGAAACAUUUACAUCACGACGAGGGAAACACUUUUAUUUAGCAUAAAUUGAAGGCAGGGCAUUAUAAAUUGUUUAAACAAAUCAUGAUAAUUGCUGUGCUGCUCAAUAACACACAAAAAAAAGAAAGGAAACGAAAAGCAAAAGGGAGAUAAAGAUGAUACAGAGUAGAAGUAGGAGAAGACGAGUAAAGCGAGAUAAAUGGGAAAAACAUACGAAACAUUUGCUACAAUUUAAUAAAAAAAAAAACGUAAAAUUAAACAUAAACCCUAAAUUUAACAAAAAACAAACAACAACAACCUAAACGAUAAGUUGCACAUCUUUACCUAAGCGAUUGGUAAUUAAUUCCUAGUUUUUAGUAAGCAAAACACACACAAAAAACACAAACUCUAGGCCGUUUAAGUUUCUCUCUUCACAUACACACACCCUACACACAGUUCAGUUAGGUCCUCCGAAAAAAACAACACCCACAAACAGCAGCCAGAGGCGGCACAUGCAACCCCUUCUAGUGUUUCCCUUCGGUAUUUCAAGCAGUCUUUGACCCUCGCCCACGACCCCCCACUCACUCUCUAUGUUGUAAGUCCUAAAAAAAACAAAGAAAAAUAUAUAAAAAAAAAAAAAUUAAAGUAUAAAAAACAUAUAGAACUUUCGGCGCAGCGUGAUCAUUAAUUAGUAAGCUUAAGGUUUAGGUUAUAGAUCUUCGAUCUUCGUGUAUGUAGGUACGUCUUAGGGUUCUUUCAAAGCAGAGCAGCCGUAUGUGAUGGAUCUCUAAAAUGGUGGCGAGUCCUUGGCACUCCUCACUGUCGUUUUAGGCUUAGUAGGUUUUAAGAUCGAUUUUUCUAAAUUUUUAAUAAAAAUGGUAUGCAAGCAAAACAUCCAAACAAUUUAUAUAGAGCGGUUCAAUGUUUCCUGUUUUUUGUGUUUAUAUAUUCCGUGCAUUGAAAAGUCACCAAAUUCCCUGAGAAAAAAUCCCUGCCCCCCCUUUACUUCCCUUGAAAAAUUCAGAACCUUUGUGAAAUUUCAAUUGAAUUGAAAAUAAAAUUUUGGUCCCCCUUUCUGUGUAUGUUUAGGCCUUCUAAACUUUAAAUUUUGAUCAGCAAAAAUCUGUGUUUCAAUAAGGCUUUUCCCUAUUUGGUUUUUUUUUUCCGUAUUUUCUUGUAUCUGUGAAGUUUUUGAUCAAAUUGAAAAUAAAAACCCCCUUGAUAUUCAUCUGUGAAAGAGAGUUUAGGCCACCUAAAUUCUAAAUUUUCUAAAUUUUAAUUUCUUCUCUCAAAAUCUGUGAAGUUUUUUAAUAAAAUUGAAAGUAAAAACCCAAAUUUAAAGAUCCCCUUCUGUGAAAAUCAGUUUAGGCCAGCUAAACCCUGAAACCAAACACCAAAAACUGUGUUAAAUUUUCCAGCUUCUGUUCUUUUAUUUUUGGUAUUUAAAAAUGUGAACAUUUUAAUGAAAUUAAAAGUAAAAUCCUUGUCUUGUCUGUGUAAAAUUUUAAUAAAAUUGAAAAUAAAGCCCCCUUUGAUAAAUCCCCAUCUGUGAAAAGCAGUUUAGGCCACCUGAACCUUAAAACCAAUCACUAGAAACUGUGUUAGAUUUUCCACUUUCUGUUUUCCUGAUUUUCCAUUUUAAAAUUCUGUGAAAAUUUUAAUGAAAUUAAAAGUAAAAUCCUUGUCUUUUCUCUGUGAAACUUUGAAUAAAAUUGAAAAUAAAACCCCCUUUGAUAUAUUUCCAUCUGUGAAAUGCAGUUAAGGCUACCUAAAACUGUGCUAAAAUUUGCUCCUUCUGUUUUCCUAAUUUCCCAAUUUUGAACCUUGUGAAAUUUUAAUAAAAUUAAAACUAAAAUCCCCUGAUAUUCUAUCCUGUGAAAAGUGUUUAACCCGAAAAAAGACCAGCAGAAACUGUGUUAGAUUUCCCCCAAUCCCCCUAUCGCGUUCGCUACGAACCCUAAAGCUUAGAACCCUGUAAGUUUCGUCAAAUCAUCUGUGAGAAGAGUGUUUGGAUUUUCCCCCAAUUGGUUUUCUUCUUUCGAAAAAAUAAUUAUUAGUGGGGAAAACCCAAAACUCAUUUAACCAACUUCACUGUGAGUGUUCGAAACGAACGAAAUUUUUAUAAAAAAUUCUAAAAACUAAACCCUGAUCCAAAUUGUGACUAGGCCAGGCCCCUCUCCCUCGUGAAAACCCGUUUGCAAACAAACAUUUUCAGAAAAUGUCUAAAACCCCCCCCGAGACCAAAAUUGCCUCUAUGAAGACAGCCAAAACUGUGAACCCCGAUAUUUGCUCAGCCCCUGUGAACAUUGAAAAUGUAUUUUUUGUAUUCCUGUGAAUUGCUGUUCGGUAGGAACAAAUUUUUCAGAAAAAUUUAAAAACCCCAAAAACCGAAAGCAACUGUGAAUGCGUUUAGAGUAUAAGCGAGUUUGUCUUUCUUUCAGUUUUUCGUUUAUUUUUAACUGGAUUUCUGUGUUUUUGAUCGAUGCAUUGCAUGGAAUUUUUGUGGGAAUAAAAUUAAAAAUAAAAACCCUUUUCGAAUAUCUGUGAAUGCUGUCCCAAAACCCUUGAAAAUUAUCCCUUUUUACCCCAUAUUUGGUGACUUUUGGUGAGGGUUUUAACUGCUUGAAAUACCUACUUUUUGAGGGAUUUACGAGGACUGCCUGUGCUGCCUUUUCUUUUCAAUUAAAAAUAAUAGUAAUGAAUAACCGCCGCCUCUGUUUUUUUUUUAAUAUUCUUGGGCAUUUAGUUUUGCCGCCAUUUACAUACCAAAUAUUUAAUAAAAGUUAAUUUAAAGGACAAAAGUUUUUCAGAAGGCGUAAUACUGAGUGAUAGAAAAUGAUUUUUUUGCUUACACACACAAACACACACUCAACCUACCAGUAACGAGAGGACUUCGUUAUGAAUAAUUAUAUAGAGCUACCAUUAAGUUACCUAUAACCUAUGAACCUUAAACCUUAAACCUAAACCUAAACCUAAAUUUGAUAGAAACUAAACGACAAGCGACACUUUUUUGGCAUUUACUUGAGAGGAUUAUAUAUAAUAUAAGUUUGGCACACACAAUUUAUAUAUAAUUUUCGUCUAAAUUUAAGGUUUUAAUCUAACUAGAGAAGAAGAAGAGGAAAGUGUGCAGGAAAAUGAACUUAUUUUAUAGGAAACCCAACCCCCUUACACCACACACACAAAAAGGAAAACAUGACACAACAAAUAACACACAAAAACCUCCCCCCCAAGCAGCAUAUAUAGUUAUAUAGAUAUUUAAUUGGUAAUAAGUUCUAUGCAAGCCGCACCACCAACUACUUACGUAAGUCAGCCCCCGUGUUUUAGUUUGAUUUUCAGUGUUUUUUGUUUUUAGUUAAAUGUGCUAGGAUUGAUGCGCAGUCGAUAAACCACAACAAAACUUAUGCCCACCUCAGCCACCAAGAAGAAAAAGCAAAGUAUAUAGAGCAGAGACCCCUGGAAACAGUAAUAAUUAUAAAUAAUAAUAAUAAUAGUCAGACUUCCGAUCACAACUAAACUAACUCUUAAUGAAGAGAUAGAGUGAAUAGAGGCGUCCUGAAUUGGCAAGGACGAGGCGUUGAUAGCAGCAACGAGAGCGAGAGUAAAACACAUUAAAAUGUAAUUUAUAUUACCUCCUUAGCAAAAAUCAAUAACAAAUAAUGAAAAUAACAAAAAUAAAUCAAAUAACAAACUAAUAACAAUGUUUUCUAAAUGCAUAUUAAACUAUGAUAAAUCAAGGCGAAAUAAAAAAACAAAAUAUGUACGUUUAAAGUAAUCAAUUUAUAAACAAUUUAAAGCAGUUUUUGUUUUAGUU